AUGACCCAAGCCAAAAUGUCUGACCGGGGCACCUUCUCCGGUGACUCGGCGGCGGAUGCUAAAAGCAAAAAGGAACACAAAGUUUCUCUGCUGAAACUCUUCUCUUUUGCUGACUUUUAUGACUGUAUCUUAAUGGCCGUUGGAUCUAUUGGGGCAUGUGUACAUGGUGCUUCUGUUCCGGUUUUCUUUAUCUUUUUUGGCAAGUUGAUCAAUGUCAUAGGCUUGGCCUAUCUUUUCCCCAAGGAAGCCUCUCACAAAGUUGCCAAGUACUCUUUGGAUUUUGUGUAUCUAAGUGUAGCAAUAUUGUUUUCAUCUUGGACAGAGGUGGCUUGUUGGAUGCAUACUGGGGAACGUCAAGCAGCAAAGAUGAGAAUGGCUUAUUUGAAGUCAAUGUUGAAUCAAGAUAUAAGCCUAUUUGACACUGAGGCAUCAACAGGAGAGGUUAUUUCAGCCAUCACUAGUGACAUUAUCAUUGUUCAAGAUGCACUGUCGGAAAAGGUGGGGAACUUCAUGCACUACAUAAGCCGAUUUGUAGCGGGGUUUAUUAUUGGUUUUGUAAGAGUAUGGCAGAUAAGUCUAGUGACACUUUCAAUUGUGCCUUUGAUUGCCCUUGCUGGAGGUCUUUAUGCAUACGUCACAAUUGGCCUUAUUGCAAAAGUUCGAAAAGCCUAUGUGAAAGCUGGGGAAAUUGCUGAAGAGGUUAUAGGUAAUGUGAGAACGGUUCAAGCAUUUGCAGGAGAAGAAAGAGCAGUAAGGUCAUAUAAAGCUGCUCUCAUGAAGACUUACGUAAACGGUAGAAAAGCAGGUUUAGCAAAGGGCCUGGGCCUGGGCUCAAUGCAUUGUGUCCUUUUUCUAUCGUGGGCUUUGCUUGUUUGGUUCACUAGUAUCGUUGUGCACAAAAAUAUUGCCAAUGGAGGCGAGUCUUUCACUACCAUGCUCAAUGUUGUGAUCUCUGGCCUGUCACUUGGACAGGCAGCACCAGAUAUCACUGCAUUUAUUCGAGCAAAGGCAGCAGCUUAUCCAAUCUUUGAGAUGAUAGAGAGGGACACUGUGAGCAAAAGAAGCUCAAAAACUGGUCGCAAGUUGGGCAAAUUGGAGGGUCACAUCCAAUUUAAGAAUGUCUGUUUCAGUUACCCAUCUCGUCCAGAUGUAGUAAUAUUCAACAACCUGUGCCUUGACAUUCCUUCAGGGAAAAUUGUAGCCCUUGUGGGAGGAAGUGGUUCGGGAAAGAGCACUGUCGUAUCAUUGAUUGAACGCUUUUAUGAACCACUUUCUGGUCAGAUACUAUUAGACAGGAAUGAUAUCAGGGAACUUGAUCUCAAAUGGCUUAGGCAGCAAAUUGGGCUGGUUAAUCAAGAACCUGCCCUUUUUGCUACAAGCAUCAAGGAGAAUAUACUUUAUGGAAAAGAUAAUGCCACCCUUGAAGAACUAAAGCGUGCUGUGAAGCUUUCAGAUGCUCAGUCUUUCAUUAACAAUCUUCCUGAUAGACUGGAAACUCAGGUUGGUGAGAGAGGGAUACAACUCUCAGGAGGGCAAAAGCAAAGGAUUGCAAUAUCUCGUGCAAUCGUGAAGAAUCCAUCAAUCCUUUUGUUGGAUGAAGCAACGAGUGCUCUGGAUGCUGAGUCUGAGAAGAGUGUGCAGGAGGCUCUUGAUCGUGUGAUGGUUGGGAGAACAACUGUUGUAGUGGCACACAGACUUUCAACCAUUAGGAACGCAGAUGUGAUUGCUGUUGUACAGGGAGGGAAGAUUGUGGAAACUGGUAACCAUGAAGAGCUCAUGUCCAACCCAACUAGUGUAUAUGCAUCUCUUGUUCAACUCCAGGAGACAGCUUCUCUGCAACGCCUCCCAUCAGUUGGUCCUAGCAUGGGACGCCAACCAAGCAUAACCUACUCAAGAGAGAUAUCCCGUACAACCACCAGCCUUGGUGGUAGUUUUCGAUCAGAUAAAGAAUCUAUUGGUCGGGUUUGUGCCGAGGAAACAGAAAAUGCAAGCAAGAAAAGGCGUGUUUCAGCAGCAAGACUGUAUUCCAUGGUUGGUCCUGACUGGGUUUAUGGUGUUUUUGGGACCUUAUGCGCAUUUGUUGCUGGAGCACAGAUGCCACUUUUUGCACUUGGAAUUUCUCACGCACUUGUAUCAUACUAUAUGGACUGGGACACAACAUGUCGCGAAGUAAAAAAAAUUGCUUUCCUCUUCUGUGGAGCUGCAGUUAUAACUAUCACUGUCCAUGCCAUUGAACAUCUUUCUUUUGGAAUCAUGGGAGAGCGACUCACCCUUCGUGUGAGAGAAAUGAUGUUUUCAGCUAUCUUGAAGAACGAAAUUGGAUGGUUUGAUGAUACAAACAACACAAGUUCUAUGCUUUCGUCACAGUUAGAGACUGAUGCAACAUUGUUAAGAACUAUAGUCGUUGAUCGUUCAACAAUUCUGUUACAGAAUAUUGGUUUGGUUGUUGCUUCAUUUAUUAUUGCCUUCAUCUUGAACUGGAGAAUAACACUUAUUGUCAUAGCCACGUAUCCUUUUGUCAUUAGUGGUCAUAUCAGUGAGAAACUUUUUAUGAAAGGCUACGGUGGCAACUUAAGCAAAGCAUAUCUAAAAGCCAACAUGCUCGCUGGGGAGGCUGUGAGCAAUAUACGCACGGUGGCUGCAUUUUGUUCUGAAGAAAAGGUCCUUGACCUUUAUGCUAAUGAGCUUGUUGAUCCCUCUAAACGCUCAUUUAAAAGGGGCCAAAUUGCUGGCAUAUUCUAUGGCGUUUCCCAGUUCUUUAUUUUCUCAUCUUAUGGCCUUGCCUUGUGGUAUGGAUCUACUUUGAUGGCAAAGGAGCUUGCUAGCUUUAAAUCAAUUAUGAAGUCAUUCAUGGUUUUGAUAGUAACAGCACUGGCUAUGGGGGAGACUUUGGCCCUGGCCCCAGACCUUUUGAAAGGGAACCAGAUGGUUGCUUCAGUUUUUGAAGUGAUGGAUAGAAAGUCAGGAAUAACCGGAGAUGUUGGAGAAGAAUUGAAAACAGUGGAGGGUACAAUUGAGCUCAAAAGAAUCAAUUUCAGCUACCCUUCAAGGCCAGAUGUGAUUAUUUUCAAGGAUUUUAACCUAAGAGUUCCUGCAGGCAAGAGUGCUGCCCUAGUGGGGCAAAGUGGUUCUGGGAAAAGCUCUGUGAUCUCUCUUAUACUCAGAUUUUACGAUCCAAUAUCUGGAAGGGUGUUAAUUGAUGGCAAAGACAUCACAAAACUUAAUCUGAAAUCUCUUAGGAGACACAUUGGUCUUGUGCAACAAGAGCCAGCUCUUUUUGCAACAUCAAUUUAUGAAAACAUACUUUAUGGAAAAGAAGGUGCUUCUGAUUCAGAAGUUAUCGAAGCAGCUAAGCUUGCCAAUGCUCAUAACUUCAUCAGUGGUCUUCCUGAGGGUUACUCCACCAAGGUAGGUGAACGAGGAGUGCAACUAUCUGGUGGCCAAAGACAAAGGGUAGCCAUUGCAAGAGCAGUUCUAAAGAACCCUGAAAUCUUGCUUCUUGAUGAAGCCACUAGUGCACUUGAUGUGGAGUCAGAGCGUGUGGUGCAGCAAGCAUUGGAUAGAUUAAUGCAGAACAGAACAACAGUUAUGGUGGCACACAGGCUAUCCACCAUAAGAAAUGCAGACCAAAUCUCAGUUUUACAGGAUGGAAAGAUAAUUGAACAAGGUACUCAUUCAAGUCUCAUAGAGAAUAAAAAUGGAGCAUACUUUAAAUUAGUCAACCUUCAACAACAGCAGCAUCAAUUAUAG